CACACACCUUACCUUUCGAACUCUUUUUCUUUCUUCUUUGUUCUUCAACUCUCGGUUUCCGGUUACUUUUCAUCAAUUUCAGAAAAAUUAACAGAAAUGGCGGCAGCCAUAUCUGUUCUUUUACCUAAAUCAACCACUAUAGAUCUUCUCAAACAAUCCAAUUCUAAAUUCCUUAGUGGGUGUCCAUUAGAGGGUUUAUCUUUAAAUUUCAAACCAGGUUACGCCAAUAAACCUAGGGAUUUGGAUUUUCCCAGGUUGAUAGUCUCUGCUUCCGCCGGAACCACUACUACAACCACCACCGGCGGUGGUAGUGGUAGAUUUUACGUCAAUUUCACUGGUUUCCCAUUCCCUCUUGGCCCUUUUCUCAAUAGACGCACUAUCAGGACCGAGGCUGUAAAAGACUGCAUAUGGCUGUUCGAGCAAGAACAGGCAUUGGGAUUCAGCAGCGUCUCAACAAACAUCAGAAUGACUGUAAUCAAACUCAAAUCAGGUGGAUUGUGGGUUCAUGCACCAAUUGCCCCAACUAAAGAAUGCAUUCAGUUAGUGAAGGAGUUAGGAGCCCCAGUAGAAUACAUUGUCCUGCCUACAUUUGCUUACGAGCAUAAAAUAUUUGUCGGCCCAUUUUCCAGAAAGUUCCCAGAAGCUCAAAUAUGGGUGGCACCAAGACAAUGGAGUUGGCCUCUGAAUUUACCACUUGAAUUUUUCGGGAUUUUUCGUGCUAAAACAUUACUGCAUGAAGAUCUUUCAACCCCAUGGGCUUCAGAGAUCGAACAAAAGAUUCUUAGCUCCCCUGAAGUCGGAAUCGGACCAUACGUGGAGGUCGCAUUUUAUCAUAAGCCUUCAAAGACACUACUUGUAACUGAUGCUGUAAUAUUUGUACCUAAACAGCCUCCUGAGUGUAUAAGCAAUGAUUCCUUGUUGGCUUCUGCUAAAAACGGGCUUGCUGUAAAGCUUCUUAGUAAAGGGAAAGAAGUCUCUCAAGAACCAGUCGUUGAUAACUCCAUGAACAGGCAAAAAGGGUGGGAGAGAAUGGUUCUUCAAAUCUUGUUUCUUGGCCCAUCAAAUCUGCUAGAACCAAACGCUAGUUUCUCACAAAUGUCACAGAAAUUAAUUGUUUCCCCCAUUGUUAAAACAUUAGUCUUCAGCAAAGUUCCUGAAAAGGUGAGGGAUUGGAUCGACAGCAUCUCGAGAGAUUGGAGAUUUAAGAGAAUCAUCCCUGCACACUUUGCUGCUCCUGUAAACGCAAACAGAUCCGAUUUUGUAGCAGCUUUUGCGUUUCUUGAUGAUCUGUUAGGAGAGCGUUAUGUUACACGACCUUCUCUUCAACUUCUGUUUACAUCGAUUAUGGGAAAGGCUGCAAGUUACUUUCCUCCAGAUGACAUGAAAACUUUAUCAUCGCUCGAUCAGUUUCUAGUUUCCGUUGGUGCAGUUAAGAAGACAGUUUCUGGUCAAAGCUUAAGUAACAGAAAGGUUUAA